AUGAAACAAGACAACAACCAAAUAAAUGAUUGCCUCGCAUACGCCACAGUCUCUGAACCACGAUCAAGUGGCGGGAAACAACUUGGUGUUGUCGGCUGCAUCAACCCCCCUCCCCCCACGAAUGGCUGGAUGAAGAGAAGUGGUGACGCCAUAUAUUUCGGCUGCUACGAAAGCUACCACACGUCCUACAACCCCGUCAGUCGAACAAGUGGCAAGAACGAUGAUGUUCCUCCUGAAGACGUGAUCAAUAAAAGGAGGAAAACUAACAGAACGAGCAGCCUGUCGAGAAAACUGAAGCAAGUUAAUAGAAUCCCAUCAAAUGACAAAAUUGAUGCCGAUAAUCUCAUCAGGCAGAGCGUCAGACACGACGCAACCGGUUUUAAUACUGUUAUCAGGAGAGACGACAAUGACGAUGAUGAGAACAACGUUGAUGAUGAUGAUUAUCAUUCAUUAGAUUAUGACGUUGAUGUUGAUAAUGGUGGCGGCGGUGGUGGUGGUGGUGGAGGUGGUGGUGGGGGUGAGGGUGGUGAGUGGCAGGGGGAUAGAUGGCGCAUGGUCUGCAGCAAUCGGGUGUGGGUUGGUGAAGAGAGGAACUGUUCACUCACUCCACUCCUGACGAACAACGAGCACCACCUGCCGACGAAUAAGAAGUCUUCAUUUAGGAACAUAUCCUGGGGUGCGUCGGUGGUCAUCGUCCUUCUGCUCUCCCUCACCAUCUGGUUCAUCAUCAUCAGCGUCGGGUACGCCUGUCUGCACCAUCGUAGACAGAGGUAUUUCAGCCAAAGUUCACCAGUAACCAUCGUUUCGAACGCAACGAAAACACAAAACGACAUCUUUCUUCAACAACAAACUCUCUCAACAUCUCUCACAUCACUGGACAACCAUGCAGCCACACCGAACCACAACCACCACAAGAGCGUCAACAAGCAGCUCGUGCACGCGCACUACCGCCAGCCAAUUCAAUCUGCAGUUUCUUAUUGCCCGAAACACGCCCUCCUCUGCCAGCUCACACCAGCUAAUGACGUCACGACUCAAAUAUUCCACGCCAAGACGAGUUCAAAUUUAACUGGUUCGUUGUACGGCAGUUUAAAUGUUGCUGCCCGCAAUGAAAAUAAGUUAAACAGUCGGGAAGUUGUUGAAGUUGGUUUCAACAGAACGGGAACGCCCGACCUCCAUGAUGACAACCUCGCGUGGUCCUGCUCCCACAGAAGUAACAAUUUCACAAACUUUCAAUACUCAUCGGAUUGCAACUCAUAUUUUUACAACAACGAAUUCAAAAACAACAUCAACAACAACAACAACAUUAACAACAACAACAACAUAUACAACGAAAAGAACAACCUAAUGACAAACUGCGACGCGUCAACAUCGGCAGCCUAUCUGAAGACGUCAGCACUGAGACUUGUCAGCAGUCUGCCAAACAACACACCCUCGUGUUGCCACUCAGCCAGCAAAGAAACCAACAAAAGCCCCAACAGCCAAUUAACUAAUGAAAUUAUUUCAGCCGACACUGUCACAACAUCGUCAACAACAAACAACAAGAACUCAACAACGUUGUUGCAUUCAGAUUUUUGUUUCAAGUCGUACGUGGAGAUACCGUGUGAUCUGACGAUCGACUGCUGUGAUGCUCUGGCAUUCAACAACUCCACCCAUGAUAAUAAUAAAGAAUAA